UACAGGAUCAUAGAGAGGCGGCGUUAGAGUCCAGUCUCUUCCGGUGUCUCCCAGCGCUCCUUCCGGCAAUGCUACCGCAGCCUCGGCUUGGCGGCGCUUUGGCUGCCAUCGCUUUAGGCCUUAAAUCAAGUUUUCGUCGUUAUGCCCGAGCCGCCAUGGCGAAGAGCAAAUUCGAAUACGUCCGGGAUUUCGAAACGGAGGAUAAAUGUUUGCCCAACUGCUGGAUCGUCGUACGGUUGGAUGGACGCUGCUUCCACCGCUUUGCUGAGCAGCAUGAUUUUAAGAAACCUAAUGAUGAUUGUGCUCUUAAUUUGAUGAACAAGUGUGCCCAAACAGUGAUGGAAGAAAUGGAGGAAAUUGUCAUUGCCUAUGGACAAAGUGAUGAAUACAGCUUUAUUUUCAAAAAGAAAACCAACUUGUUUAAGAGAAGGGCAAGUAAACUAAUGACUCUCGUGGUCGCCAAGUUUGCAUCCAGCUAUGUUUUUUAUUGGAAGGAUUAUUUUAAGGACAAGCCCCUUUUGUAUCCACCAGGAUUUGAUGGACGUGUUGUGUUGUAUCCCAGUGACCAAAAUCUAAAAGAUUAUCUCAGUUGGCGACAAGCUGAUUGUCAUAUCAAUAACCUCUAUAAUACAGUAUUUUGGAUUCUUGUGCAGAAAAGUGGCCUGACGCCAGUACAAGCCCAAGAGAGACUUAAGGGAACCCUUGCAAAUGACAAGAAUGAGAUUUUAUUUUCUGAAUUCAACAUUAACUACAACAAAGAACCUGAAAUAUAUAGGAAAGGAACUGUUUUAAUAUGGAAGAAGGUAGAUGAAAUCGGUAAGAAAAAAAUUAAAGUAGGGGAAACAGAAGAGAACGAAAUUGAAGAAAUCAAGAAGAGAAAUAGACCAAUUCCUUUGCAUUGUGAUAUUAUUGGAAAUGAAUUUUGGGAACACAAUCCUGAAAUCCUGCUUGACAAGAGGUGACCUUUCCUAUCUGCAUUUUAGUCUGAACCUAUUGGGUAUACUUUAUUUUACAAGAAUUGCAUUAUGGUGGGGAAAAGAUAUAAUCUUGUAUUUUGUAAUAGCCAUUUUACUUGAGUGAACAAAUGAAAAAUCAAGGUAUUGUUCAUAAAUAAACACUUUUU